CUGAGGAACUGUGGGGACGGAGUGAACGCAUCCUGACUCACCGCUGUUCGCAAGUUGCUUUCACGAAUAAGUCGGUCAGGAAUAUUCAAUAAUGGCAUUCAAAGACUCCGGCAAAGCGCCCGUGGAGCAGGAGGUGGCUAUUCACCGCAUCAGGAUCACUCUGACCAGCCGUAAUGUCAAGUCUCUGGAGAAAGUGUGUGCUGAUCUGAUCCGUGGUGCUAAGGAGAAGAGCCUGAAGGUGAAGGGACCAGUUCGCAUGCCCACCAAGACGCUGCGCAUCACCACCCGUAAGACUCCCUGUGGUGAGGGUUCGAAGACAUGGGACAGGUUUCAGAUGCGGAUCCACAAGCGUCUGAUUGACCUCCACAGCCCGUCGGAGAUCGUCAAGCAGAUCACCAGCAUCAGCAUUGAGCCCGGCGUCGAAGUCGAGGUCACCAUCGCCGACGCAUAAACCCGAUCAAAACUGAGUUUGACAUGUGCAGUCGAGCCAAAUAAAAAAACAAAAAAAACAGAAA